UCGGCGCGGAGCUUGCGCCAGCUGUGACGAAGUCGCGGUCACACAUGUGGUGCAGCACAGGCGUCGAUAAUUGUCCAUGACGUUGCUUAAAGAUGGCUACCACGAUGGGGAUAUGGAAGAAGUGGUUGUCAGUUAUUUUGGUAUUUUUAGGGUAUUUUAGAACAAAUGGAGAGGAUGUUCAUCCGCACGACGUCAACAUAAAACACAUUAUGCUGACGUACAACCACCUGACACCAAUGCAGCUGUUCAAGGCCACGGAUUUCUGGAUGGGAAUCAACGACCCAAAAUCUGAGACGGGGGAGUUCCCGUUCCGGGUGGGGCACACGAAGAGCUUCUAUAUGGAUAUGUACCCCGUCACCAACGCUCACUAUUGGGAGUUUUCAAUGAAGAAGCGGCGGUACCGCACGGAGGCGGAGACGAAGGGAUGGAGCUGGGUGUUUGAGAAACACGUGUCCGCGGAUACAAGGCAACACAUGGCCGUGAGAGGGGCAGACAACUGGCUUGCCGUGAAAAAGGCAAACUGGGAGCACCCCGAGGGUCGUGACUCUGUGAUUGACAAACGCUGGACACACCCCGUGGUGCACGUGAGUUUCGAGGAUGCCGAGACGUACUGCAAGUGGAGGGGGAAGAGACUGCCCACUGAGGCGGAGUGGGAGAGGGCAUCACGUGGAUCGCAGCUCAAUCACGUGGUCCAGUAUCCCUGGGGCGACUUGUGGGAGAUAAAAAGAGGGAAUAUUUGGGAGGGAAAGUUCCCAAAGAGGAAUACAAAAUCAGAUGGCUUUGAAGGAACCUCACCCGUGGAUGCCUACCGAGCCCAAAAUGAUCUGGGAAUGUAUGACAUGAUAGGGAACGUGUGGGAGUGGACCGCCAGCCCCUACUACCAGGCCCUCAUCCCCCACGACCUUCAGGAGACGCAGCACAUCUUAAAGGGAGGCUCGUUCAUUGAUACAAUUCAAGGGGACUACACUUAUGUCGUGAGAUCAUCCCAAAGAAUGCCUCAAGCUCCUGACUACACGUCCAGCAACGUUGGCUUCCGGUGUGUGAAAGACGCGCCAAAGUAUGACCCAGACUUCGCCGCCUACCGGAGACAACGAGAAGAACAGUACAACAUGCAGUUUAAACAGGCUAUUGGGAGAGACGAGUUAUAGAACCGACCACAGAAACCUGUGUUGUGAGAAUGAAAGAAUUGUGUGGUGUUUUGUCAUAUUUUUGUGCGUUCAUCAUCACUUAAUUAAUCACUUAAAGUCACUUGUUUCGGCAGAAUAGAUUAAAUUCUAAGAAAUAAUUAAUGUUGAAAAAACAGUGUCAGUCACGAUUUUAGAAUUUAGAAUUCUGCUUCUUAACAAAACAUCACCUCUAGACCGGUCCUUAAUAGAAAGCCUUGUAGAUCAAAAACUGUAUUAAGGUAUUAUUAUCGAUUUACAAUGUUAAUAAUAACCAGUCGUGGUCAAUAUGCUUCAAAUAUGUUAACGUAUUUGAUGAAAAUAUAAUUUUCAUGUUAUGAAAGCAAGAGAGAAAAAAGUAAUUUGGGGUCAUUAUUAGGUAAUAAUCAGGGCGCCGAUUUGAUUGGAAAAUACCAACAGAUUUUAUUUGUAAUUGUGGACAUUAACACCGUUUGGUUUUGCAGUCAAGGCGUUAACAGCACGCAUAUGAACCAAAGGAAUACUUUCGUAUUAUAUAUAUACUUGGCGUCUCCACAGGAACCGUAUACAAUAUUUGGGACCCUUUGCGACAUUUAAAGGAUUGCCAUUUAGAUGUAUGAUAUCUAAUCAUAGAUAACUAGUUAUUUCUUCAUUGAGUUUGUUCAUAUUAUAAUCUUAUUAACGUUUCUAAGGUUUAGAAAGUGCCGGAAAAUAUGUCUGAACCAAUCUUUGAAAAUACCUUUCAACAUUUCAAAUCACCGCCUGGAUAUAAUGUCUUUCAGCAACAACCGCAAUAAUAUAUGGUACGUCAUACUUUCAGUAAUGCUGACUUAUAUGUUAGAUUUCAACCAUCGUGAACGUGGACAAGCAAUACCAGUUACAUCAGAAGCACGGAGAUGUUCCGUGUCGAUUGGCAUGGCUGUACUAUCAGUAGUCAACGAGAAAGUGUGCAUGUGUACUUAAAUGGAUAUCUACUUACAUCUUGUUUGUGACAAUAAAAUAUAAACCCUUU